CUGUCCAAAAUAGAACGAGGAUUCGACAGGCCUAGUCACAGAUAGUGAUACUUUACAUAGCAGCUCUGUAGCGUUGGUUACCCCACGUGAGAGUGAGACUAUUGCUACGGUAAACGUGCAUAGCUAUUAUCAAUGGCCGAACAAUGUGGCACCAUAUUUCUGGCUAGUGGCAUUUUAUAGAUGCUAGGUAACCGCCAAUAUUAGCUUGCAAGGUACCAGUUGUGGUGGUACCUGUCUUGGACUGCUAACACGCUGAGCAGUGUCUUUGCUAGUUAGAUCAAUUGUUUGGCUAUGUUUAGCUCGUAGCUAGUGCUGACCAGCUGUGCUUCUUUGCUGUAAACACGAAUCUCAUUAUUGGGUACCGUUACAUCAUAUACAGUGGAAAUGCCCGCGAUUCUUCAUAUCCAGGAUGUUGACAUCAGAAGAUGUUUGUAGAUGCAAUGCCACGGCAGAGAGGCGACAGCGUGUCCGCUUGCCAGGACGGCGUGAAGUGCAGCGUUCCACGAGACCACGGCUCCGCUACUGCAGCAGCCCCCUCGGCCGCCACAGACCCAGCCGCCGCCACUGCCACCCCCUUCUUCGACACCGUGCCCUCCGACCGGCCUGGCACCCCACCUACGCUGCACGAUGAUGCCUACGCAGACCCCCACGCUCUGGACGAAGGAGGUGGAUAUGAUGCUGACGGAGGUCUCUGUGAAACUACAUAUGGUUGGAAGUCGCUGGGGCAAGAGUUGAGGAUCAAUGAUGUGACAGCGGAUUUGCCCAGUUUUCAGCAUGGAACCCGUGCUUUAGCUACAAAGGAUAUGAGGAGAUCACAGGACCGACCGAUGGCUCACUCGGAUGAGUCGCGGCUGGCUAACCUCCUGCGGCGGGUGUCUCGAGAGGACGACAGGGACCGCCGGCUGGCCACGCUCAAGCAGAUGAGGGACUUCAUCAUGCACUCAGACAACAAAGUGGUCCUUGUGAAACAGUUGGAUGCGAUCUUGAGCACAUUGAAUGACAUUUUGAAUGAGAGUAGUAAGCUGUUAGCGGAGCUGCGUCUGGAAGCGGCUGGCUGCCUGGGGCUGCUGUGUGCGGCGCUGAGCUACGAGGCGGAGCGCAUCUUCAAGUGGAUCUUCCUGAAGUUCAGCGGCUGCACCAAGGACGAGGUGAAGCAGCUGUACCUGGUGGCCACCUACCGCGCCCUGGAGACCGUGGGCGAGAAGAAGGCCUUCUCACCUGUCAUGCAGCUGGUGAUGAGUAGUCUGCAGUCCAUCCUGGAGAAUCUGGACACCCCAGAGCUGCUGUGCCAGAGUGUUAAGUGCAUCCUGCUGGUAGCCCGCUGCUACCCACACAUCUUCAGCACCAACUUCAGGGACACGGUUGACAUCCUGGUUGGCUGGCAUAUUGAUCACACACAGAAGCAGUCGCUCACCCAGCAGGUGUCCGGCUGGCUGCAGAGUUUGGAGCAAUUCUGGGUGGCCGACCUGGCCUUUUCCACCACCCUGCUGGGACAGUUUCUGGAGGACAUGGAAGCCUACGCUGAGGACUUGAGUCACGUGAUCUCGGGGGAGACGAUGGACGAGGACAUUCCCCCUCCCACGGUGUCUCUGCCCAAGCUGGCGGCCCUGCUGCGCGUUUUCAGCACCGUGGUGCGCAGCAUCGGGGAGAGGUUCAACCCCACGCGCGGACCGCCCAUCACAGAAGCCUACGUCACAGAUGUGUUGAACCGCGUGCUGUCGUGCGUGACGACGGCGCGGCAGGUGUUCUUCUCAGAGGCGGUGGUGACAGCGGGUAACGAGUGUGUGUGCGUGCUGCUGCUCAGCCUGGACUCCAACAGCUCCCUGACGGAUACAGUCAUGGCCUACAGCCUGGAGCAGCUGCACAGCUGCCAGGGCUGCGGACCAGAAUACUGCAUGGCCGUUCUCAACCUGCUCACACUGAUUGUGGACCAGAUCAACACCAAGCUGCCUGCCUCGUUUGUGGAGAAGCUGCUGGCUCCAACAUCGCAGCUUCUGGAGCUGCGCUUCCACAGGGAGAAAGAGGUGAUGUCGGGAGCGCUGGUCGUGUACCAGGCCCUGAUGAGCCUGAAGAACAUCCCCACGCUGGAGGCGGCCUACAAGCUGGUGCUGGGGGAGAUGGGCUGUGCCUUCAACAGCCUGCUGUCUCCCUUAGGCCUGCCCCCCGCCUGCCCUCACAUCCAGCACCCCGCCUUCAACCUUGCCCAGCCACCCCCCGCCACUGACACUGCCCCGGGCCCCGGGCCCGAGCCGUCAGCUACCCCCAACCCCACCCCGACCCCGCCUCCCCAGCUCCAGUUCGAGCCCGACCGUGCCGAAUUCAUCCUCAUCUUCAACCUCAGCGCCCUCACCACCAUCGGAAACACCAAGAACUCGCUCAUCGGGAUGUGGGCGCUGUCUCCAACCGUGUUUGCACUGCUCAGUCAGGACCUGGUUCUGGUCCACUCUGAGCUGGCGGUCCAUCACCCAGCUAUCCAGUACGCUGUGCUCUACACGCUAUACUCCCACUGCACCAGACAUGAUCACUUCAUCUCCAGCAGCCUGAGCUCCUCCUCUCCCUCACUCUUCGACGGCGCUGUCAUCAGCACGGUCACCACGGCAACCAAGAAGCAUUUCAGCACGCUGCUGAGUCUGCUGGGCAUGUUGCUAAGCAGAGAGCACCUCAACCCCGAGGCCAGGAAGCUACUGCUCACUUGGUCCCUGGAGAUUUCCCUAAUGAUGAAAAAGUCUGAGACCUACUCCCCCCUCUUCUCCCUUCCCUCCUUUCACAAACUCUGCAAAGGACUACUGGCAAACGCCCUGAAUGAAGACCCGUCCAUAAGCCUCCAGACGUGCAACAGUCUGCAGGUGCUCUCCUCAUCCCUCUCCUCAGAGCUGCUGCAGAGGUGUGUGGACGUGUGCAGGGUGCAGCUGGUGCACUCGGCCGUGAGGGUGCGGCAGGCCUAUGGGAGGCUCUUAAGGUCCAUCCCCCUGGCGGUAGCUCUGAGUAACCAGGCGCAUGUGGAGGUGCAUGAGCUGUCGCUGGCGGUGCGUCGGCACAUGGCCAAGGCUCCCAGCAGCACCUUCCACCCCCAGGACUUCUCCGACGUCAUCAGCUUCAUACUCUAUGGCACCGUGCACCGCGGGGGUAAGGAGCCGUGGCUGGAGCGUCUGUACCACAGUUGUCAGCGCGUGGAGAAGCGUGAGACCCAGUGUGUGCCGCGCGCCCUGCUGAAGACGGAGGCGGCGCUGUGGCAGUGGGCCGUCUGGGAGGCCGCCCAGUUCACCGUGCUCUCCAAGCUGCGCACGCCGCUCGGACGCGCCCAGGACACUUUCCAGACCAUAGAGGGUAUGAUCCGCAGCCUGGCGGCCCACAGUCUGAACGCUGAGCAGGAGCUGAGUGCGUGGAGCGCGGCGGAGAGUGACGAGGGCCACCACACCAACCAGCUGAGGCUGGCCCUGCUGCUGCAGUUCCUGGAGAACCUGGAGAAGCUCAUGUACAACGCCUACGAGGGCUGUGCCAACGCACUCACCGCGCCACCCAAGGGUAUUCGAACAUUCUUCUACACCAACCGGCAGACAUGUCAGGAUUGGCUGACGCGUAUCCGCCUGGCACUGAUGCGUGUGGGACUGAUGUCUGGCCAGCCGGCGGUCACCGUGCGUCACGGCUUUGACCUGCUCACCGAGAUCAAGAACAGCAGCGCCCAGGGUCCAGAGCUGGAGGUGCCCCUGAUGAUGCUGGUGGAGGCGCUGUGUGAGCUGCGGUGCCCAGAGGCCAUCCAGGGCCUGGCAGCGUGGAGCCUGGCCAACACUGGCAAGAGCCUGGCAUGGGUGGGCUCUGUGGCACUGCAGGCUGAAGGAAGGUUUGAGAAGGCGGCUCUAGAGUACCAGGAGCAGCUGUGUGCGGUGACUGGGAUGGACUGCUCCAUCAAGGUCUUCGACCGCUCUCUCCUCAAGCUCACCAACUCCAACAGCAGCGGCAACACCGCUAGCCCCAAGCACAGCAGCAGCAGCGGAGACGGCAGGAAGACGGUGCUGCUGAAAUCGAGCGAGUGCUCCCCGGAGGUGGUGAACUUCCUGGCCAACAAGGCGUGCGAGUGCUACGUGUCCCUGAGCGACUGGGCCUCGGUGCAGGAGUGGCAGGCCAGCAUGCACACCCUCAAGAAGAACAACAGCGCCACCACAGUCAACCUCAAGACAGACUUCAACUACAUCAGAGCUCUGACCAGGUUUGAAGAUGGAGAUUUCCCAGAGUGCCGUUCUCAGCUGGAGCUGUUGCCAGGGGAAGACUACGGCCUGCUCAACUCCAGCACCAAAGACAAACUAGAUCUGAAGCGUCUGCUGCCGGCGGUGCUGAGUCCGGACCCUGUAGAGCUGCAGAAGGCUGUGGAGGUGCAGCUACUGCGGAGCGCUGUAGGAGCCAUCACCGCAGCCAACCACGAACAGGAGCACAAGACCAUGCCAAACUCAGACCUGGUGAAGUACCUGAAGCAGACGGGCCGCAUCUCUCUGGGUGCCCUGCGUCUCUCCACACUGACGCUGUCGGGCUCCCUGCCCACCAUGGGCACCAUGCAGCUGCACUGUGCCAACGCGCUGGAGGCCUCCCUCGCCAACCAGCUGCCCCCAGAGGACUGCCUGAUCCCCCUGUUCAGUGAAGCCCUGAGCUCCUGCAAGCAACAGGAUGUGCAGCCCUGGCUACACGCACUCCGAUACACCACGUUCCAGCGGCAGCUCCUCCUCAAGCAGAAAGGUUCAUCCGGCGCGGUGGAUUCACACCUGAUGGAGCUGUGCGUGACGGCGGUGAAGUUUGCUCGUAAGCAGGGCAACAUCGCGCUGGCGUCGCGUCUGCUGGGCCAGUGCUGCGAGCCCCAUACGGAGCACCCCGAGGGGGGAGGGGACCUGCUGCUGGCCUUCAGGAUGCUCUCGCUGGACGGCCCCGUCAAGGAGAAGUGGGGGCCAGAACUGGAGAUCGAGAAGGCCAAAGUGCUCUUCACCGCAGGUCAGUACCGCCAGUCGUCUGGUGCGAUGGAGAUGCUGAGCUCGUGCGCGCUCUCCUACUGCCGCUCUGGUAAGUGCGAGCGUGCCGCGUGCCGCUCGGUGCUGACGCUCUGCAAGUGGCUACUGGCCGACUGGAAGGACCUGACCGCCCAGCUGAAGCAGGCCGCCAAGAGGGGAGUCUGCCCAGCAACCGCAGGAGGAGGAGGGCAGCAGCCGCCCAACCUGACCCCCCUCAGCCGCAACAUCGCUGCCCUGCUGGACCUGCCGCUGGAGGACCAGGGGGUGCCUCGCAUCACACCCGAGAUCACUGUGAGUGUGGGAGUGGGCGAGCCAGACUUUGUGCUGGGCCAGCUGUACCAGGUGUCCACCUCUCAGGCCCCCGACGUGGCCAAGUCCUGGGCUGCCCUGGCAAGCUGGGCCUACCGCUGGGGCAGGAAGGUUGUGGACAACGCCAGCCAAGGUGAGGGCGUGCCUCUCCUCCCGGCUGAGAAGAAGGAGAUUGAGGAGCUGCUCCCGUCGGGCACCAGUGAGGAGGACAAGGAGACUAUCUUCAGCAUCCUCGGGCAGGCCAUGUGUCGCCCUGCUGGCAUUCAGGAUGAGGACAUGGCCCUGCAGAAUGAGGAUGACGAUGAGGACGACAUGGUGGAUGUGAUCUGGCGUCAGCUGCUGGCCGCGUGCCCCUGGCUGGCCGAGGUGGAGGAGACGGUCACAGAGGGCCUGAUCCGCGUCUGGAGGACGGUGGUGGACCGCAUCUUCAGCCUCUACAGGGUCUCCUGCCGAGCCUACUUCACCUUCCUCAAGCUCAACGCCGGACAGGUGCCGAUAAACGAGGACGAUCCCAAGCUGCUGCUAAGCAACCAGAGCAGCAAGCAGAGUAACGACGACGUGAUCGUCAUGGCAACGCUGCGUCUGCUGCGGUUGCUGGUCAAGCACGCGGGAGAGCUGCGAGAGGAGCUGGAGCUGGGGCUGGCAUCCACGCCUACUGCUCCAUGGAGAGGCAUCAUCCCGCAGCUGUUCUCCCGCCUGAACCACCCCGAGGCCUACAUCCGCCAGAGCAUCUGCAGCCUGCUGUGCCGCGUGGCCCACGACUCCCCACACCUCAUCCUCUACCCUGCCAUCGUGGGAUCCAUCUCCCUCGGAGGAGAGGCGCAGGCUGCAGGUAACAAGCUGCCGUCGGCCCUACCCACGUUCCUGGGCAACAUCCAGGGCGAGGGUCUGUGUGGCGGGGGCAGCGAGGCGGGCAGUGCCCCGGCCUCCCAGGAGAGCAGCGGGGGUGGGGGAGCAGGAGGACGCGGGGAGGAACUGGUGCUCUGCUCCAGCGAGGACCAGGCCAUGAUGCAGGACUGCUACAGCAAGAUCGUGGACAAGCUGUCCAACGCCAACCCCACCAUGGUGCUGCAGGUGCAGAUGCUGGUGGGUGAGCUGCGUCGUGUGACCCUGCUGUGGGACGAGCUGUGGCUGGGCGUGCUGCAGCAGCAACACAUGCACGUGCUGCGACGCAUACAGCAGCUGGAGGACGAGGUCAAGAGGGUGCAGAACAACAACACCUUGCGCAAAGACGAGAAGGUGGCCAUCAUGCGCGAGAAGCACUCUGCUCUGAUGCGGCCGGUGGUGUUUGCGCUGGAGCACGUGCGGAGCAUCACAGCGGCGGCGGCAGAGACCCCUCACGAGACCUGGUUCCAGAACACCUACGGAGACGCCAUCCAGUCCGCCCUGGAGCGUCUGCGCUGCCCGCAGAACCCCGCCAACCCUGCCAGCAGUUGGGCACCCUUUAAACAGAUCAUGCUGAGCCUGCAGCAGCGUGCCCAGAAGCGUGCGAGCUACCUGCUGCGCCUGGACGAGAUCAGCCCUCGGCUGGCCUCCAUGAGCAGCACGGAGAUGGCUCUGCCAGGCGAGGUGUCCGCCACCGACGCCGUCACCAUCCAGAGCGUGGGCAACACCAUCACCAUCCUGCCCACCAAGACCAAGCCCAAGAAGCUACACUUCCUCGGCUCCGACGGCAAGAACUACCCCUACCUCUUCAAAGGCCUGGAGGACUUGCACCUGGACGAGCGCAUCAUGCAGUUCCUGUCCAUCGUCAACACCAUGUUCACCAAGGUCAACCAGCAGGAGAGCCCGCGCUUCCACGCACGCCACUACUCAGUCACGCCGCUGGGCACCCGCUCCGGCCUCAUCCAGUGGGUGGACGGCGCCACGCCCUUAUUCGGCCUCUACAAGCGCUGGCAGCAGAGGGAGGCUGUGCUACAGUCACAGAAGGCCCAGGACUCAUUCCAGCAGGCCCAGAACGUGCCCAUGGUUCCGCGUCCGAGCGAGCUCUACUACAGCAAGAUCGGGCCGGCGCUGAAGGCCGUGGGUCUCAGCCUGGACGUGUCACGACGUGAUUGGCCCAUCAGCGUGAUGCGCGACGUGCUGAAGGAACUCAUGGAGGCCACGCCCCCUAACCUGCUGGCCAAGGAGCUGUGGUGCUCAUGCACCACCCCCAGCGAGUGGUGGAGGGUCACACAGUCCUAUGCCAGGUCUACUGCAGUCAUGUCAAUGGUGGGAUACAUCAUCGGACUGGGGGACAGACAUCUGGACAACGUGCUGAUAGACAUGACCACAGGAGAGGUGGUGCACAUCGACUACAACGUCUGCUUUGAGAAAGGGAAGAGCCUGAGGGUUCCAGAGAAGGUUCCAUUCCGCAUGACUCACAAUAUUGAGACGGCCCUGGGCGUGACAGGAGUGGAGGGCAUCUUCAGACUCUCCUGUGAACAGGUGGUGCAGAUGAUGCGUCGCGGGCGCGAGACGCUGCUGACGCUGCUGGAGGCGUUUGUGUACGACCCUCUGGUGGACUGGACGGCAGGCGGAGAGGUGGGCUUCGCGGGGGCCGUGUACGGAGGAGGCGGACAGCAGGCCGAGAGCAAGCAGAGCAAGAGGGAGAUGGAGCGGGACAUCACGCGCAGCCUCUUCUCCUCGCGCGUCGCCGAGAUCAAGGUGAACUGGUUCAAGAACCGGGAGGAGAUGCUGGUGGCGUUGCCCCAGGUGGAGGUGGCGGUGGAGGAGCACCUGUCCCUGCUGGAGGCCCUGACGCGGGGGGAGAGCCAGCACACCAAGCUGCUGCAGGAGAUGGACUUCCUGGAGGGGGCCGACAGCAGGGCAGACCACCUCAUACACACACUAGAGCACAGAUACUCUGAGCACACCCAGCUGCAGUCCCGGCAGCGCACGGUGCAGGACGCCAUCCAGAGCAAGCUGACGGACCUGGACCACUGGAUCUCCCAGUACCAAGCAGCCUUCGCCAGCCUGGAGGCCACGCAGCUGGCCAGCCUGCUGCAGGAGAUCAGCAGCCCCAUAGACCUGGGUCCCCCCAGCUACGUGCCGGCCACGGCCUUCCUCCAGAACGCGGGCCAGGCCCACCUGAUCAGCCAGUGCGAGGCUCUGGAGGCGGAGGUGGGGGCUCUGCUGCAGCAGCGGCGGCUGGUCCUGCGCGGCUGCCUGGAGCACCUGCACAGCUACGCCACCGUGGCCCUGCUCUACCCCCGCGCCGCGCACCGCCGACACCGCACGCACGCCUGGAAACACUGGCUGGAGGAGCUCAUGCAGGACAUGACCACCGAGCACUGCCAGGCCAUAUACCACCAGUACGAGCUGCAGUUCUCUCCUCAGCCGCCGGCCUCUGUGUGCCAGUUUGUGUCGGGCGUGGAGCUGGCUCUGCAGCACCACGCGGCUGACACCAACACGCGUCUGCUGCGGCAGGCGGAGCGUCUGAAGGCGGAGGGGGCGAGCGUGACCCAGUGCGAGGAGCAGCUGCAGGACAUCGAGCGCUGCAUCGCCGCCUUCCUGCGCGAGAACGCCGAGCCCGGAGCGUACAGCAUGGCCGGCAUCAUACUGUCAGCCCUCUGCGCCCUCACCAGGCGUAACCUGGUGAUGGAGGGCGCUGCGUCGAGCGCGGGUGAGCAGCUGGUGGAGCUGACGUCUCGUGACGGCGACUGGUUCCUGGAGGAGCUGUGCAGCAUGAGCGGCAACAUCACCUGCCUGCUGCAGCUGCUCCAGCAGUGCCAGCUCAUCUCACACGACCUGGACCUGCCCAGCCCCGCCGACACCGGCCAGGCCGUCUACCUGGCCAACGGGGUCUACACCUGCCUACAGGAGCUGAACACUAACUUCCGGCAGAUCAUCUUCCCGGAGGCCCUGCGCUGCAUGCUGAAGGGCGAGAGCACGCUGGAGAGCAUGCUCGUCGAGCUAGACGCCCUCAUAGACACCUGCGCAGACGGGGUCUCCUUGCAGGGGCUGGCCGACGCCCUCCAGACGCACCUGCGCAACGCCGCCAUGGGGCUGAACGAGGACGCAGACUCUCACUACCUGGACAUCACCAGGAUGUUGCGCCUGCAGUACUCUGAGCUGAUCCAGCCGCGCAGCAUGGAGUCGUCCCUGCAGGAGACCCCCAAGAUGAGUGCAGGCCAGAUGCUGCUGGUGGCCUUCGAUGGCAUGUUUGCCCAGCUGGAGACCGCAUUCGGCCUGCUUGUGGAGAAGCUGAACUCGCUGGACGUGCCGGCUGCGUGGCGUAAGGUGGACGUGAUUCGGGAGGCGCGGGCAGCACAAGUGCACUUCUUUGACUGCCAGCAGACCCGCCAGGUGCUGGAGGAGAUCUUCUUCCUCAAGAGGCUGCAGACCAUACGCGACUUCUUCCGACUCUGCAGCUCCUUCUCACAGACCCUGUCUGGCACCUGCCCUCCUCCCACCGACGACCCCCCUGCCACCAACGGCCCGGUUCCGCUGGUGAAGCCGCUGUUCCGUGGCUCUGCCGUGGUGAGCGAGGACCAGAUGACGCGACCCAUCAAGGCCUUCACAGCUGACUUCGUGCGGCAGAUGCUGAUUGGUCUGCCUACGCAGGCGCUCGGCCUGUGUCUCUGCAGCGCCAUCAGUGCACUGGGCACCGACCUCAUCGCACAGGUGGAGGCCAAGGACUUUGGUGCGGAGGGCAAGGUGUCCCUGGACGAGCUGUGUAAGAAGAGCGUGGAGCAAGGCGUCCAGACGGGCAGGCUGAGCCAGCUGCUCCUCAACAGGGCCACCGUGCUGGCCAGCUCCUUCGACUCGGCCUGGAAGAAGCUGGACCUGCUGCGCAGGCUGGAGGUCAGCAUCGAGGCCUGCAAGGUCAGCCUGCAGCGCCUGCAGCUGCACAACGCCAUGUUCCAGUGGCAGCAUGAGGAUGUGUUGGGCACUCGUAGCCAGCCCAUGACGGUCACCCCCCCUCCCCGCUCCAUCAUCCUCAGCAACAUGAAGAAGAAGCUCUACAAGCUCAGCCAGGACGAGGCGGCCAUCGUCGCCGUGCAGGAGAAGCUGGCGGCACUAGAGGGCAGCAUCGAGCAGCGUCUGAAGUGGGCGGGCGGCGCCAACCCAGCCCUGGCGCCCGUGCUGCAGGACUUCGAGGUGACCAUCGGAGACCGGCGCACCCUGGUGGUGAAGGAGAGCCAGCGCAGCAGCCAGGUGACCUUCCUGUGCAGCACCAUCCUGAACUUCGAGGGCCUGCGCACGCGCACCCCAGAGGCCCUCAGCAUGGACGCGGCCCUCUUCGAGCUGCUCAAGCGCUGCCAGGCCACCUGCACCUACGCUGCCCAGUUCAGCUCCUCCGUCUCACCGCUGGAGCUGCAGCUGCUGCACAGGCUGAGCUCGUCCCUGGAGCUGUCCAUAGGCAGUUCUGAUUGGCUGGCGUUCGCCCAGAAGCAGCUGGCUCAGGACCUGUCCAAUGAGAGGGCCGUACAGGAGGAGCGCGAUCAGCAAUUGGACGUCGUCACGGAGACGCUGCAGCUGCUGGUGGACACCAUCAAGGGCAUCCUGUCCAAUCACAACCGGCAGCUGGCUGAUGUCAAGCACCUGCUGCGUGCCAUGGCAAAGGAUGAGGAGAACGCGCUGGCGGAGGGAGAGGAGGUGGUGUACGAGGGCAGCGUGAGGCAGUUCCUGUCGGAGUACAAGGCGUGGCAGGACAACCUGCAGAUUGUGCUGUUCACGGUGGUGCAGGCCAUGGGCCAGCCGCGCAGCCCCGAGCAGGCCGACCUCCUGCAGGAGAUCCCCGCCACCCUCAAGGAGCUCAAAGUGCAGAGCCAGAGCAUUUACAAUGGGCUGGUGGGAUUCGCCUCUCCUCUGGUGACUGAUCGAAGUGACUGUGCAAGCCCUACCUCCAACGCUCAGACCAGCUUUGCCGCAGCAGUGCGUUGCAGUGGCGUUAAGACCCAGACGGACGGAAUGUCUCAGAACGCUCGGAAGGCGCUCCCCCGACACCUGGGCACCCCCGCCGACACGCCACCUAGCACCCUCAUGAUCACCAGCAAGGGCCUUGCCCCCAGCCCCAAGAGAGCUGUACGGGACCCCAAGACUGGCAAAGCUGUGCAAGAGAGGAACUCGUACGCGGUUAGUGUAUGGAAGAGAGUGAAGGCCAAACUGGAGGGGAGAGAUGUUGACCCCAACCGGAGGAUGAGUGUGACUGAACAGGUGGACUAUGUCAUCAAGGAGGCGACGCAUGUGGACAACCUGGCCCAGCUGUACGAAGGGUGGACCGCCUGGGUGUGAACGAGGACUACAGAUCACUUUGGUCCAGCGAGGAAAAAUAAAAAAGAAGCGCACCAAUGCACCAGAGUCCAAGGGGUCUGGGGCGUCCGAGCCACAGUGCACCAUGCGGGGGAACACACGGGGAAGAGGGGUUAUGGUGGGUAUGGAGACCCUCCCAUAGGGGGCGCCCUACAUGAGGGGCACAACCCACCCCUCACCCUCAAGCCCUCCCGUAGCACCCUGCUCUGCUCUGCACAGCUCAGCUCAGCUCAGCUCAGCUGCACCGCGGCGAUACAGCACCUCUACCACGACAAGGGCCUGCACCCACCCCACCCCUGCUGUGUCUCCUCCAGGGGGUCUGUGAGGAGUUCUCUGGGGACAUGGUGGGAGGGAAAAGGGGGGCAAUUGGUAAAGUAUUGGGGGGAAGGGGGGGAACCACCCUGCUUGUGGUUACAGUGGCCAUAUUUGGAACUACCCUCCCACCCCCUCGCCCCCCUCCACCUGUAAUCGACAACAAACAGAAAAACAAAAAAAUAAAAAUGAAACAAAAGUGGAGGACAAAACAACUACCAAAUGUCAACUCAUCAAAGCAAGAAAAAAAAACUACAAAAGGGGGUUUGCUACAGGGUAUCUGCAGGAGGGGGGCAGAUAGGAUGGCUCAACUCCCUCGGCCUCAUUCAGAGUCAGGUCCUGCUCGGGGUUAAGCUCGGCAGGUCUGCGGACUAGAUUUAUUGGAGGCCUUGGGCACGGGAACGGGCUGUUAUUUCUUUUCGGGCCCUCUCCGGGCCUCUCCCCGGCCUCUUGGAUUUGAGUCGUGCAGCAGUUUCCCAGCCCAGCGGCGAUCGAGCAUCGAUGUGUCUACAAGCGGGAGAGAAGGCAGAGAGCAGUGCGUGAAAGGGGGGAAGUGGGAAAUGCCGACCGGAACGACUCAAAACUCCAGAGGGCCUGAAAUUCGUCUGGAAGAACAAGAGAUUCAUUCAAAUCCUGACUGCUUUGUUUUUUGUUUUCCUUCUUCAUGAACACUUAUGACUCGCAAGCUUUUUUUGUUUGUUUUACUGAACACUUUCAAUGUAUCUCACGGUUUUUCGCUAUUAAAGGCUGUUCCGAAGUCGAGGUGGAAAUUGCAGAAAACAUAAUUAACCAUCACUUAUUUUUUGGAUGUUGAAGCAUAAUGUUAGGUAAUGCUUCAAAUUUAAGAAAAUUAUCUACUUGUCUGCUUUUCAAUUUAUUCUGGGUGAGAGUAUAUUAAAGGGGACUGUUGAGGGAUGUUUAAGGCUAAAGAAUAUGAUGAAAUGUGUAUAAAACUGUGCUUGAGACUUCUAAUUUCUUAAUAAUAUGCAUCUGUAGUACGUAUUUGUUGUGUGUAGUGGCAAGAACUCUCCCUGUCCUUUCUUUGCAUUUGAUUAAAGGAAGACCAGUUGGUCAUGUCAACAGACCUGUCUUCCUGGAUGCAGCAUUUCCUGUUUUUAUUGAUCCUUACUUAGUUUUACAUUUUUAGUGGGAGAAACAAGUAAACAUAGUGAUGUGUGGUGGUCGUGAUAAUUUUUGAUUCUUAGAAGAUUUUAUUCAGCUUUUGUUUGCCAAAUAAAUAUUAAUCUAAAUGCAAA